CUGUUGGUCUUUCCCAGCGAGUUCAUAGUUGCGGUUGAUGUAAGGAGUGACAAAAAGGGCGCCAGACCACGGCUCAACCGGUGUUAGCGCGCCGCACCUGUGACGUGAGGUUGGCGCGGGCGGGCUACCGGCAUGACGUAUGUUUUUGCGGGAAAACUUCGCUAUCACAGUCUUCUUGCCGCGUCCAAGGUGCCUUGUUAACGGACAUCGACGGCUAAUUGUUGCAGAUUCUUUUUCCCCCGAUAGUUUGGUGCGACGCUGCGAAACACCGCGAGCUCCGGCGCAGCGCGUGACCUGCGUGGAAUGGGUCGCGACUGUGGAGGGCGCUCCACUGUGCGCCUGGCGAAUUCGAACGAACUCUAGUAGGACUGCGCGAGGCCUAUGCAACUGGCGAAGUGAACGGUGCCUUGUUUUUUUUGCCGGUCGCUUCGCGCGAAACGGGUGUGAUUAUUUUUUUUUUUUUUAAGCGGCGGUUGCCGAUACCUCGGAAGUUUGACGGCCCUCCCCGUUCCUACAGCGACGCCACGACACUUCGACUUGGCUUCCACUCAACGAUCCGAUCGGGGUUCAUCAACGUAUCACCGAAAGCUGAUGGCGCACACACCGGCGAGGUCCACCUCUUUCCUAGCGGUGCACGAGACUCCCCGCGUGCUCCAGUCCACACCCAUCUCCACUGCGUGGUCCCCGGAGAGCGGGUACUUUGGCUCAGACGGCCAGUCCUCAUACCGCAGCUGCACUUUCAGCACCUCGUCUGCACUCGUAAGCGAAGAUGACAGCGAAGGCAUCUGUUCCAUCGUGCCGUACAGCAACCCCAUGACCCAGUUGCCGUGCCUUCCGAAGGAAAGCCCGCUGCCUCGUGUGGACAUCCUCAGGAAGCUCAAGGGUUUCCGGCCGGUCAUGUGCAAGAUACUGGGCUACCUGUCCCCGCAGGAGCUGGCUAGCGCCUGCCGCGUCAGCUCGGAAUGGCGCAAGCAGUGCCUGUCCAUACCUGAGCAAGCGCUCCGCUUUACGGAGUACAUCAAGAAGAGACAGGAGCAGUGGGAGUCGUCCAGGGAAAACAUGCACAAUCGCAAGCCAUCCAGGAAGGAGCCGUCGAAUGCUCCUCCUCUAACAGUUCACAAUGCUCAAGCGGAGGUGCAAAAUUCGACUGGGCAAGCCGAGAAGGCUAUGGAAACAAGAUCAAGGCUGGACUUGCACAUAAAGGAGGCCAAGAAUCUCCAGGAAGGCGAGUGGCUCUGGCCCUGUCCCGUCUGCCAGUACCCGAGCCGGGUGACGGCCGCCGGCACGGUUGCCCUUUGCAAGUGCGGCUACGAGUUCUGCCCCAAAUGCCGCAGGGACAGCCACUUGCCCAAGCCUUGCGUGGCCCACAGCGGGCAAGUCAUCAGCUCGCGAACGCAAAAGAACAUCAUAGGCAGCAAGUACUCCAAGCGUCAACUGCGCCGCUUAUGACCGUGUCCCCUGCAUCUGACUUCACCGCCGUGUCCCGCUGUACAGCUUCACAUGGGACCCGCAGUGAAAGUCUCGAUUGCUCGGAGGGGUGGCUGAUUGGCGACGUGUGUGUGCUUGCGUGCAUCUGGCAAACUCCUCGCGAGUUUUUGAAGUGUUUAUUUUUUUAUAUAGCUGGCAAUUUUUAUUCUUAUUAUUCUUAGUGCCUUUACAUGUGACGUGCAGACGAUAGUCUGCCUUGUUUUUAGUGCCUUUAUAGGUGGCCUGCAGAGAGUCUGCCAGUGUCCUUCUGCCUCCUCACAUAACUGCGCAUAAUGUAAAAGUGCUAAAGUGACAGCCUUGCGCUUGUCGAAUUGUCAAAAGUUGUGGCCCUGCCAUCAAAAGGGCUAGAAUUUGGAAUACCUUAUGCGCAAGGCCUGACCAUUGAUCGCUAUGGUCAUUUCGUCCACAUCACUCUGCCCGUUACAAGCGUGGCCACUUAACGGGCCGACAUUUGUGGCUUUCCUUUUAAAUUAAUGGCACUUGAUAAGUAUUUAAAGGGCACUUGCCGAGGCAAUCCUCCCACUAUUGCAUAACAUUAGCUCCCACGGAGUUGCACGGAUGCCGUUAUGUGGCGCGUAUGCUGACAGGCUCUCUGCAAAGCUUCCUGCCGUCUCUCAUCUGGCUUCCGUGAAGAACAACCCGACCAUUGCACUGUACAAACCAUUGCACUGUAAAGCAUCCCAUGACCACAGGCAGGAAGUUUUCUGUACAGCUGUAUCACCCAAGAGCAUGCCAUGUACAUAGUGUACAUAACGGAGUGAAUGUGCAACCGUGUGUGUAUAUACUGUUCAUAGUACUGACGCGAUCUCGGUGUACUACAGGGAGGGGCUUCAGGACCAACAGGAACUCUGUGCCAAGCUGCUCUUUCAGAUUCCUUUCACAGCAGAGGAACUAGAGAGAUGCUCUCAGUCUACCUCGAUCAAGAAGUAUGGAUUUCAAUAAGAUCAGUAUUAGAAAAAAAGAAAAAAAAGCAGUAUUACUGAUGCUUGCCAAAAUGCAAUGCAUGUUGUUUAAAAGCCUGCAGCAUUCCACCAUCUUUCCCUUUCUUGCAUUUUUUGUCUUUAAUGGUACAAAUUUACAGCACACAAGACUGGCACACCAAUGCAUUGGCCUUCUCACUUCUCUUUACUACCUCGUUUUGUAGAAGGGGGAAGCCCUGUGGAAAGAUGCCUCAACGUAUUAUGCCACAGACUCGCACAAUGACAAUCCACGAUUACUGCAUUUAUCUUGCCAUGUGCACUCUGCUACCGCAGCACCCUUUCAGGACUGUCUCAAUGCGACAAUUGUGCUCAAUGUGAUACCUAUUUAUGUGCAGUGUCACAAGGCAAAGCCAAAGUAAAAUGAGAUUUUUUUUUUCCUACAA